UCCUGAAAUUAGUAGAAGGUGGUGCCUGUCAACCGGCAAGCAGGGCAGACGACACAACCUCAAAUGGUUUCGCACUUCUUCUCGUCUUGCCCGUAAAGUUAUUGUUGAGAAAGUAUCGAUUAGAGUUUACUAACACUACGGAAAAUGAGAUACUCACAUUUACCAUCAUUCAUGUUUCUCACAUCUGUUAGAAAGUUUAGCAAUAAUGUUAGAGUGAGGUUUGCGCCAAGUCCGACAGGACGUCUUCACCUUGGAGGUCUUCGAACUGCUCUAUACAACUUUUUAUUUGCUAGAGUCAAAGGUGGAAAGUUUCUUAUCAGGAUUGAAGAUACUGAUCAGGCUCGUCUAGUUCCUGGAGCUGCAGAAGCAAUUGAAAGAGAUCUCCAGUGGGUAGGAAUUGAAGCUGAUGAAAGCCCUUCUCGAGGUGGAGGAUAUGGGCCUUACAUUCAAUCUGAACGGCUAAGCCAUUACAGGACUGAGACAGAAACUCUCAUCGAGAAAGGUGCAGCUUACAGAUGCUUCUGCACGGACAAAAGGCUGGAACUUAUGCGCAGGGAUGCAAAUCGAAGAGGUGCUGUUCCACGGUAUGACAAUCGAUGUCGGGAUCUAAGUUCCAAUGAAAUUGCUGAAAAAUUAGGAAAAGGGAUGGCAUACUGUGUCCGCUUCAAACUUGAGAAAGGACCUGACACUUUUGAAGACAUAAUAUAUGGCAAAAUAGUAUUAGAUACAGCUUCAAUUGAAGGGGAUCCUGUUAUAUUGAAGAGUGAUGGAUUCCCCACCUAUCACCUAGCUUGUGUUGUUGACGACCACUUGAUGGAAAUAUCACAUGUUUUAAGAGGUGUAGAAUGGCAAAUAUCAACAUCAAAACAUCUGCAGCUGUACCGGGCAUUUGGCUGGAAGCCACCACAGUUUGGUCAUUUACCCCUUCUAAUGAAUCCUAAUGGGACAAAGCUCUCUAAGCGUCAAGGGGACAUUGAUGUUGAACAUUUUAGAAAAUCUGGAGUGUUUCCUGAAGUUCUUCUUAGUUUUGUGACAGAGUUUGGAGGAGGAUUUACAAGAGAGAGAGGAAUAACUUCUGUUCAUGAUGUUGAAAAUCUAAUUAAACAGUUUAAUUUACAAUCCCUAAACACCAGUUCUUGUAAAGUUGAUCUAGAAAGGUUAAUCCGUCUGAACCGCUUAGAGAUGGAGAGGAAGCUCCAAGACCCAGAAAGUUUAAAAUUACUAUGUAAUCAAUUGAGAGAUCUUGUACUCCAUCACUAUGAUGAACAAGUGGAAUCUAAUUCUCCUGCCAUCUCGGAUGAAAGACUAACAUAUCUUCUUCAAUGGGGGCUGCCUCGAAUGUCACGCCUUGAAGAUUUUUUUAGUUCUGACCUUAACUAUCUCUGGUCAAAACCUUCACUUACUGUUCUAUUGGAUAUUGUUAAGGAUUCGCCACAUUCGAUUGCAGAUGUUUUAGAAAAUAUCUCUUCACACAUUAUUCAGUUAUCUGCAGAGGGUAAUGCCAAUAUUGUUGCUGCAAUUAAGGAUAUCUGUAAUUCUCAUGACGUUAAGUACAAGGUAGUUAUGAAAGCUCUACGAGCAGCAUUAAGUGGUCUGAAGGCUGGGCCUCCAGUUGGAGAAAUAAUCGAGAACCUUGGAGUUGACGAAUCCUCACACAGACUGCGACUCGCUGCUGAGGCCCUGAGGAGCGUAGCGCAUUGAAAUGAUCUAGCUAGUCAUAGCUUUUUGUCAACCAUAGGAGUCAAGAGAAGUAAAGAUUUUACCAGUAAUUAAA